UGCGCAGGCGCGGCGAGGAGGUCUUUUGACCGGCAAGAUGGCGGUCCGCCGGGCCUGCGGCCGUCGGGGCCUGUUGCUCCUGUUGAGGCCGCAGAGCCAGGGCCACAGCGGCUGCAGGCCUGAACUCUUGCUGCGCCCCGAGGGCCACCUUCAUCGUCUGGGCCUCACCCCGCGAUGCCUCAGCACCACACCUAUUGUGUGGGCACAGACUCAGGUGCCUCCAGCCCUUCCCGCAGCCCCUUCCCCUCCCGCGGUGACAGAAGUGGCCCCAGAUGGGGCGGCGGACGUGGCCCAGGCGGCCGCGGAGCAGAGCUUGACGGAGCUGGGCCUGGCCGCGUACACCCCGGUGGGGUUGGUCCAGAACCUCCUGGAGUACAUGCACGUUGACAUGGGGCUGCCGUGGUGGGGAGCGAUUGUCACGUGCACCGUGGCGGCCCGCUGCCUAAUCUUCCCCCUCAUCGUCAAGGGCCAGCGGGAGGCCGUCAAGAUCAACAACCACAUGCCCGAGAUCCAGAAGCUGUCCGCACGCAUGAACGAGGCCAAGAUGUCCGGAGACAAGUUUGAGUUCUCCAAGGCCUUCUCAGACCUCCAGUUGUACCAGAAAAAGCAUGACGUGAAUCCCCUGAAGGGCUUCAUUGUGCCUCUGGCUCAGGCCCCCAUCUUCAUCUCCUUCUUCAUCGCCUUGAGGGAGAUGGCCUACCUCCCCGUGCCGAGCAUGCAGAGCGGUGGGCUCCUGUGGUUCCCGGAUCUCACAGUCGCUGACCCCUUCUAUGCCCUGCCUCUGUUGGUCACCGCUUCCAUGUGGGCCGUCCUAGAGCUGGGAGCCGAGACAGGUGUCAACAACGCCAACCUGCGCGUGAUGAAGACUGUCAUCAGAGUGAUGCCACUGGUGGUCUUGCCCUUCACCAUCCACUUCCCCACAGCCGUGUUCACGUACUGGCUCUCGUCCAACCUCUUCUCCCUGGCCCAGGUGGCCUUCCUGCGGGUCCCCGCCGUGCGCAUGCGGUUGGGCAUCCCCGCCCGGCUCGUGCAUGACCCCAGCCAGCUGCCCCCUCAGGAGGGCCUCAUCAAGAGCAUCAAGACAGGCUGGAAGAACGCCCAGGCGGCCCACAAGAUGCAGGAGCGGGAGCGGCGCAUGCAGAACCACCUGGAGCUGGCCGCCAAAGGUCCCCUCCGGCAGACCUUCGCCCAAAACCCCCUGCUCCAGCCCGGCCAGGAGAAGCCCCCCGGCAAACCCAGGCCAAAGCGACCCUGGGAGGACACGCUAGGCUGAGCGCCCCGCCUUGCACUGGAACCCCAGGAACCGCCCGUCUUCUCCCACCAGGGCAGCACCCCUUCUUUACGGGCGGGCGAUCCCGGACUCUGAGCUGGGGUGGAAAGGGAGACGGAGGUCUUUGCCCGGUCUGUGUUUGGUAACAGGUGGGGAAGGGUUUGGGUUACUCUUCCCUGGGAAUAAAUAAACCUGUGAGCUCUCAUGCUGG